CAUGUGACUGCACAAUUCAAUGAUCAGUCCAGAUAAAAUAGCUGCAGGGGGAGACAGACGCUCUACUUUCCUCGCUGCGUUGUUAUCGCAAGCGCUGUGUCACCAUGCCUGUGGAUAUUAAUGAAUGGGCAGGUUCCUUAGCUCUCACAGAGGUGGAAGAGAAACCAGCCAAACCUUUAACUGUCAAAUACGGGACUUUGGAAAUUGACGCGCUGGGAAAAGUGCUCACACCCACUCAGGUGCAGAACUGCCCAACAUCAGUUGAAUGGGAGGGAUGUGACCCCAGUAAACUGUACACCUUGACACUGACCGAUCCAGAUGCGCCCAGCCGAAAAGACCCGAAAUUUAGGGAAUGGCACCAUUUUCUUGUUGUCAACAUGAAAGGAAAUGACAUCUCCAGUGGUUGUGUCAUGUCUGAUUAUGUUGGUUCAGGCCCCCCAAAGGGAACAGGUCUGCAUCGUUACGUAUGGCUGGUUUACGAACAGUCAGGUAGUAUCAGCUGUACCGAACCUGUCCUCACCAAUCGCUCUGGAGACAACCGUGGAAAAUUCAAGAUCCAGAGUUUCCGGAAGAAGUACGGCCUCGGCGCUCCGGUCGCUGGGUCUUGCUAUCAGGCAGAGUGGGAUGACUACGUGCCCAAACUUUACGAACAGCUGGCUGGCAAAUAAGGACAAUUUAGAGCUCUGACGCUAGUGUUUACUCAGCAAGUUCUGGCACAGUUCUGUUUUAAUUUAGCCAUUUUAAAGGGAUAGUUCCCCCAUUUACUCACCCUCAUGUCAUAUUCGAUGUGUAUGACUUUCUUUCAUCUGCUGAACACAAAAGAAAAUUAUCUCAGCUCUUUUGGUCCAUACAAUGCAAGUGAAUGAUGAUCAGACCUUUGUAGCUCCAAAAAUCACAUAAAGGAAACAUAAGUAAUCCAUAAGUCUCCAGUGGUUAAAUCAAUGUCUUCAGAAGCGAUAUGAUGGGUGUGAAACAGAUCAAUAUUUAAGUAAUUCUUUUACUAUAAAUUCUCCUCCCUGCUCAGUCAAUCUCCACUUUUUCACUUUAACAUUCUUCUUGCUGGCUUAUGUGCUUUUCGGAGCGUCAAAAUUUUGGCACCAUUCACUCACAGAGCUGAGAUCAUUCUAAAAAUCAUAAUUUGUGUUCUGCCGAAGAAAGUCAUACACAUCUGGGAUGGCAUGAGGGUGAGUAAAUGAUGAGAAUUUUCAUUUUUGGGUGAACUAUCCCUUUAAGAGAUGAACACUGGUCAUAGAACUUGAUUUGUGAUUUUCUGUUCCUCUUUCUUACUAUCUGAAUUAAAAUGGAACUGAGCAAGCGCAGUUCAGACUAUGCCUUCAUUUCUGUCAAAAUACUUAAGCAAGGUAUUUGGCCGCCUUCAGUUUAAAAUUGCUAAUAAAGAAGCUGAUAUAUAGACGUAGCACCUUAAAGUCAAAUUUGUGUUAUACUUGUGGCUGCACCUUUAAUUUAAUAAAGUGCUUACAGUUACAGCAUGCUUUGUUAUGCACAUAAAAAAAAAAUCCUGCUUGGAAAAUAAAAGACAAUGGAUGCAAAUGA